CGGCCACGGAGCGGACCGUCCGCCAUUUCAAAAAUAACCGCGAACGUACCGAGAUACUCAGUGUUGUUCCAAUAAUAGUUCAUAUUUUUUUUUUGUGUUAGAGUGAGUUGACAAUGAUUUUGAAUGGGUGUUAACAUCGUCAGACUCGAUACAUACAUAAUCAAAAUUCAAUACUAGUAAUUUAUGAAUACCUACUAGGUACUUAUUAAUUUUUCACAAGCUACUCAACCAAGAUACCUAGACUGGAAAGAAAAUGUGAUGUUCUAGCGUAUUAAAUAACAUCGGGGGUAGUUAAUAAAAUCAUAGAAAAUUUUGAGAUAGUGGCUGAAGAAAAGGAAAAGAUGUCGCUAGUCGCCCCGAGACAAGUCCAGCUGGGUUGGGCCCAUUCGAUACCAUGGGAGCAGGAGCCCGGUUGCGAGAGGGAGCCGUCGUUCAAGCGUCCAGCACAGCAGCCUUCCAACCAAUCGGAUUCAUCGUCGUCCUCCGCGGACACAGCCUCCCAGGGUUCCUGCUCGGCGCCAGCGCCCCGCCCGAGAAAUGAACCCCAGAGGGAAGUGCGGCAGGCCGAAGCCGCCAGUGCCCGAAGAGUGCAGCCAAAUCCUCUAUUAAGGUCCCGCACUCUCCCGAACUUUGGGGGAAACCGGUCCCGUGAGGCGUCCCGUUGUGACACGUCCCGGCGCGCGCAGCCCAUCACCAUGGCGACCGAGGAUCUACUGCAGCCCGGACACGUCGUCAAGGAGCGAUGGAAGGUGGUGAAAAAAAUAGGCGGCGGCGGAUUCGGCGAGAUCUACGAGGGUUUGGACCUGGUUACGCAGGAACAGGUCGCCCUGAAGGUGGAGUCGGCGCGCCAGCCCAAACAGGUGCUCAAGAUGGAGGUAGCAGUUCUCAAAAAGUUGCAAGGCAAGGAGCACGUGUGCCGCUUUAUCGGCUGCGGCCGCAACGCGCGCUUCAACUACGUGGUGAUGCAGCUGCAGGGCCGCAACCUGGCCGAGUUGCGGCGCGCGCAGCCGCGCGGCGCCUUCUCGCUGUCCACCACGCUGCGGUUGGGUCUUCAAAUAUUGAAAGCGAUAGAUUCUAUACACUCAGUCGGAUUUCUACACAGAGAUAUUAAACCUAGCAACUUCAGCAUCGGCCGGCACCCCGCCAACUGCCGGCGCGUGUACAUGCUGGACUUCGGCUUGGCGCGCCAGUACACCACCAGCAACGGCCAGGUGCGCCCGCCGCGGGCCGCCGCCGGCUUCAGGGGCACAGUUCGGUACGCGUCGAUCAACGCCCACAAGAACAAGGAGAUGGGUCGGCACGACGACCUGUGGUCGCUGUUCUACAUGCUCGUGGAGUUCGUGAACGGGCAGCUGCCGUGGAGGAAAAUCAAGGAUAAGGAGCAAGUGGGGCUGAUGAAGGAGAAGUACGACCACCGGCUGCUGCUGAAGCACCUGCCGUCGGAGCUGCGCCAGUUCCUGGAGCACGUGCAGCAGCUGGAGUACGCCGACACGCCCGACUACGCCAUGCUGGGCUCGCUGCUCGAGCGCUGCUGCAAGCGCCGCGGCAUCCGCGAUACCGACCCCUACGACUGGGAGAAGGACUCGGCACCUGCCACGCGCGCCCGCGCGGCGCUGGCGGCCGGCGCAGACCAUCAGCCCUCACCUGACCAUCAACCAGACAAGGCGCGUCGGGCGCGGCUGGAGACGGAGGCGACGACCGCCGUGGCCACGGACACGCAGAGCAACAUGCCGCGCGACAAACUGGCGAACGACAAACGCGUCGCGCCCGCGUCGCCGCGACACGUGCCCGCGCCCGUGCACCUCAACGGAUACCAGUCAACUACAGACAAGCCUACGCCAGAAAAGGAAGCGGAAGCCAGGACGACACCCGCGCCCUCUCCCGACAGACAUGCGAAGGAACAAUCGAACUCUGCAAUGACCGGCACCCCCGCAAACCGCCCUGAGAGGCAAAGCGUGCCCCCAUGCAAGCCACGGGCCCCCGUGCCCGGUGGAGGACCCACGCUUUUAAGGCUGCGGGUCGUCACCGCGCCCCCUACUUGCGUUCAGGAGCUGGCGCCCGCCACGCCGUCCGUCACAGGCGAAGCCAGCAGUCCGCGCAUAGUGGCAGACGUGGACAGUGUCCACUCCGACACACAUUUCAAGAGAGGUCCGCGACGCACGCGCGCUCGUGCCGAUCAGAGUUACACGCAGUUUGCGGUCAUGGACGACGAAAACGUAUCCGCAUUACAACAGGUAACGAAAGGCGGUGCCCUUACCCUGGUGUCGUUGUGGAAGUCGCAGUUCGACGACUCUGAGGAGACCACCGACAAUGAGUGGAAGCAGGAACAGCUGCAGUCCCCGGAGCACCGCAACACGCGGGCGGCCACGUCGGCGCUGUCCAGCUGCUCCAACGCGCCGCGCACGCAGCUGCCGCUCACGCACACGCAGCACACGCUGCCCACGCAGCAGUCGCCGCCGCGCGCGCCGCCCGCCGCGCCGCCCGCCGCGCCGCUCGCCCAGGUGGAAAAACCCGAGAAGACUGAAAAGACAGAAGCGGCGGACAAGCCUCCGCCGAAAAGCACAAAAUGCUGCCUCCACAAUGUGGGCAUCGACGCCUUCCCGCGCCUGCAACCCGCGCUGCCCCGCAGCUGGACGCUGCCCGCCAUCGGCAGCAGAGUCAGGGAGCUUCGCCCCCCGCUGUUGCAACAGGCAUCGUUCGAUGACGGCACCGGCGGGGCGCUCCGCUACCGCCUCGACGUCAUGCGUGGCGUCGCCGCACGUGCACAUGGGCCUUCGCCCCCGCCGCAGAGACAACGUGCGCAUAGCGCUCCUAGUAUAUCGCGGUCGUCGAACAGCGCCUCCCCCCCUCCCGCGCCGAAGCCUCCCCCCGAGAGCACGGUGUCCAGUCGCCUCGAGAUCCGCGUGCGGCCUCCGGACAACGCGUCGCCUAUGCACUCGGUGAAAAUACACUCAGUUGUGAGCGGCGGUGGUGGCAGCGGUGGUGGCGGUGGUAGCGGUGGUGGUGGUGGUGGUGGUUUGGGUGGCGGUGGUGCUGCUGGUGGGGGAGCGGGCGAGGUGCGGCUCAACCACGAAGAGGCGUCCGUUUACUAUGACGCCACUGAACACCAAAGGGACAAACGGUCUUCCACGCGGAGCGGUGAGAAAAGUCAAAGUCCAGCCGUAGAGCGAACUCGCUUAGAUGCUAUACAAGAUAGAAGUACCUCAGUAAUAAGACGGGAAGCUGGCAGCGGAGACGGCUCACAAAGUUUAAGAGAUCGCUCGUCCGGCAGCGGGUCCCGCAUCCCGGUGGCCACGGGCGCGCCGCCGCCCGAGCACCGCCUCGCCAAGUGCGCGUCGUGGAGCGGCGACGGGCCGCUGAGCCACGACCCCGCCGACCUCACUCCCGCGCUGCGCAGGCGGCGGCAGAACGCGGGCGACAAGUACGCGUCCGACCCCGCGCGAGAACUCAACCUGCGCUUCGCACGCCCGCGCCACCGCCACGCGCAGCCGCACACCAGCGCCGCCAGCCGCUGCCGCAGUGCGGGCGUGGCGUCGCCGCCCGCGUCGUCGUCGUCG